AUGUCAGGGCUCCCUCUCAAGGAAGGCUAUUACAAGAAGGACGGCAUUGUAUAUGGGCCUGAUGGCAAGCCUUGCAGACAAUGCAACUCCCUUAGAGAUCUUAUGAGUCUCGGCAAGAAGCCGCAAGGAUCAAGUGGCACUGACCCGAAUCCUUUUAGCUUUGGCAAGAGGCCCAGGGCCGAUCCGCCUGCAGAAGGUGCUGCCGGAACAUCAAAUAGAGGCACAGUGGGCGCUGCUGCCGGGGGACUAGCCGCUGCUAGUCAAAAGGCUGGCAUGAGCAGCGACAAGCCUGCGAUAGAUACUGAGAACUGUCCACCGGAUGUGGAGUUGCUAGGCAGGUCAACAUGGACGCUACUGCAUACUAUGGCUGCCAAUUACCCGAAUAAGGCUACGCCUGUGCAACAAACGGACAUGAGUGCCUUCCUUCGCACCUUUUCAAAUUUUUACCCCUGCUGGGUUUGUGCCGAAGACUUCCGCACUUGGAUGGCGCAGAAGGACAAUGAACCAGUCUUGAACCAAGGUUGGAAAGGACUGGGUCAAUGGAUGUGUCGAGCACAUAAUGAGGUCAAUGAAAAACUCGGCAAGGAGAAGUUUGACUGUAAAUUGUGGCAAGAACGGUGGAAGGAUGGCUUCAAGGACGGUAGGUGUGACCCAUGA